GGAACAUCCUCCCCGCUGCUCUGGGGAAGGGCUGGCAGGGAUGCUAGGAGGUGCAUCGGCUGACAGAAGAGGAGAUAUUCCAGUAUUUUCUUUUUUUUUUUUUAAAAAUUCUUCUGUUUUUGAAGUGGUUUAUUUUUCCUUCCCCUGAGAUAAAGAGUCGUUAGGAUUUCUUGCUGAUGCUUUUAAAUCUUGUCAUGUGUUCCUUUAUCUAUACGAGAUUUCCAUUUGUGCUGGGGAUUUACUCAACACACCGAAUGCCUGGGAAGUUACAGGGCAGGCGGCUGCAGCAAAUAUCUCAGCAUGCUCCUAACUAGCCUCUGCCUGGCAGAUCCACGCGCCGGCAGCAGGGACCAGCGAUCCGCCUUGUCCUUGCUUAACUCCGCGUGGGAGCGGAAAGCCGCCGGCCGAUCCCGCCGGCCGGGCUAGCAUGGCUGUGCUCCACUGGCACCUGUACCUCACUGCCUUGGGCUUCUGGAUGACACAGCAGUCCAGCUCCUUCCUGCUGCCCAAUGCUACCGAGGUCCUGUCCCCCCCUGGGGGCAGAGCUGCGGGCCUGCUGUGGGGCGUGGGGGUCCCCCGGAGCCGUCGGAAGCGAUACCUCUCCCCUCGCGACAUGAACGUGAUUUUGGAUUUUCACAACCAAGUCCGGGCACAGGUGUCCCCCCCCGCCGCCAACAUGGAAUACAUGGUGUGGGAUGAGCGACUGGCCAGGGCAGCAGAGGCGUGGGCUGCGCGCUGCCUGUGGGACCACGGCCCCCCCCAGCUGAUGAAAUAUGUGGGGCAGAACCUCUCCAUCCACUCCGGCAGGUACCGCUCUGUCGUGGACAUGGUGAAAUCGUGGCACCAGGAGAAGCAGCACUAUUCCUUCCCCCAGCCCCGCGAGUGCAACCCCCGCUGCCCCUCCAAAUGCAGUGGCUCUGUCUGCAGCCACUACACGCAGAUGGUGUGGGCAUCCUCCAGCCGCCUGGGCUGUGCCCUCAGCACCUGCACCAACGUGCGGGUGUGGGGCAGCACGUGGCGGCACGCCGUCCUCCUCGUCUGCAACUACGCCAUCAAGGGCAACUGGCUGGGAGAAGCGCCGUACAAGGUGGGGCGGCCGUGCUCAGCCUGUCCCCCUACCUACGGCGGGGGCUGCUCCAACAACAUGUGCUUCACCGGACUCAAAUCCAACCAAGUCAGCUGGUUCUAGGGCUGCAGCCCCACGAGGAAGCCCCCAGGGAUGGGGACAGGGUGAACCAGGAUUAUUUAUAACACCAUGUCUCCCCUCAGCUGCCUUGGCCACCCCUCGGCCCCCUCCCUGCCCCACUUUGGGUGGCUCUCAGAAGCUCGGCUGUCCAAAUUGCUUAAACCCUAGAGCCACAUAGGAAAUGGCUUUUAUAACACACCUCUCCGGCAGCGCUUGCGUUGUCUGGCUGCUUCCAACUUGCAGGGAAAUGGGGAUGGUUUGGGUCCGUAUUUCCCAAAAUAGGGAAGGUUUGGGGUUGCAUGGAAGGAGCAGGGCUGGCUGGCAUGGUCCCUGCUCUGCAGGCUUGGGGGGCUUUCCCCAAUGACCCCCCAUCUGUGCUAAGGCAGAGGCUGGUGUAAGCAAAUACCAAGAUGUUCGUGGCGAGCAGCUGGAGAAGUGGGGAGCCCCCAGCAUGUCCCCGCUCUAUGGCAGCCCCUCCAGCCACAGGGCUCCCAGCUCUGAGACCCCCAAUAAAGCAGCCUGGAGACCCUCA